UUGAACGGGGCCGAAGCCUAAGAACCCCGUGGCAUGUGCACGGAAACAGAAGACGCCUGUGCUGUGCUGUGCUGGUGGUGUCACCGCGCAAGUUAAACAUCGCUGCUGUUGUUGUUGUUGUAGCUGUUGUUGUUGCUGCUCUUCAAGCUGUCUGAACGUGGUCGGCACGGGCUCACAAUGCGCGCCCUGCUGCUGAGCGCGGCUUGCUGCAGGGCAGCGGAGGCCCUCCGCAGAGGAUUCAGCACAGGAUGUUCCAGGAGACAAAAUCUUGUGAUAUCAGUCGAAGGCAACAUUGGGUGUGGAAAAACAAAAUGCCUGGAAUACUUCCAGGGUUCACCGGGUAUUGAGGUGGUCGCCGAGCCAGUUACCAAGUGGAGAAACAUUUGGGGCCAUAAUCUCCUGGCAUUGUUAUACAGUGACCCGAAGCGCUGGAGCCUGACGUUGCAGACGUACGUGCAGCUCACCAUGAUCAUGAAUCACACCAGCCCAUCGACCGCCCCAGUCAGGAUGAUGGAGAGGUCUAUCUUCAGCGCAAGAUACAUCUUUGUCGAAAACCUCUUCCGAAGUGGCUUAAUGCCAGAGGUGGAGUACGCCGUGCUGAGCGAGUGGUUCGACUGGCUCGCCAAGACCAUCCCCAUGCCCGUCGACCUCAUUGUGUACCUUCAGGCGUCCCCGCAGACUUGCCAUGAGCGUCUGAAGUUGCGCAGCCGCGAGGAAGAACGCAUCGUUCCGCUGGAAUACUUGCAGAGUCUGCACUCGCUCUAUGAGAGUUGGCUUGUGGACAAGAGCAUCUUCCGACUGCCGGCUCCUGUGCUGGUGAUCCCAGCAGAGGAGAGCUUGGAGCGCAUGUACACCGUGUUCGAAGAGGCACGACCUCGCAUCCUGCGGCCCAACUCCAAGAACACGCUCGGCGCGUGACCUCCACACCGAUCACGACGUCACGUGACCUCCACAGCCAGUCGAUGUGACUUCAUACCCUAGCCUUGCACCCUUUCAAGUUUACAUUAAUGUUGUAUUACGGCCUUUAGUUACCCAGGAGCGCUUUAUUGACUGUCGAAUUGCCUACUUCGAGUACCGAGCCGGGUCUGCUCUCGGUUUGGUUCUUAAGCCGGGCGACUGGACUCAGCCUGCAUUCCCUCCUUGCUGGGCCAACCUGGCUUGGAUGUUGUACCGGCUUGGGCAUGCUUUUACAAGGUAGCCUGUUUGUUUACAUUGGCCGUGCUCACAAACAGUCGUGAGGUCAUGAGGUCAACACAUGAGAGAGAGCGCAGUCAUUGGUCUCUUUCACCUAGGUCAAAUUUAUGCCCAUGCUUUUUGUUUAAUAAAAAAUAACUGGUGGAAAAUUAAUAUAUAAUGUAUGUAUAUGUAAAUAUAUUGAACUUCUUUCGUACCGUAUAGCUUUGGGCGACCUAACCCAAACCUUUUAAUAUUGUUAGAAAAACAUUAAAUUGACUUCCCUCUGGCUGGUGGAGGAAGGGUGUGGAAGGGGCUGAACGCACGGGAACCCUAGAUGCCUCGAAUCAUUGGGAUGCAUUCCAAGCUGCGCCAGGAUGGCCCAGGACAGUUCCCGGGGCCUGCGAGCUUUUGUGUGCCCGUGGCCAUGGGAAUGGCUGGCAUUUCUCAGCAGGGUCAUGCGUUGAGAUAUUUGGUAAAAAAUAAUUUUGCAAUGUGUGGGUGGGCAAAUUACCCUAUACAUUUCCUGAAGAGCAGUAGAACGUGUACCUUGUGGCCAUGUCUGGUGGACUUAUGAAACGUAGGAGGAAUAGUGGUUAUAAUUGUGUUGCCAUAGCAAUUUAUUUUUACUUUUAGAUCAUGUAUGCAUUUCACUUGUGGGACUACUGAUUCACAUUUGGGAAACCCAAAUCUACCCAUCCGAAUGAGGUCAGCAAUCUGAUAAUUAGCAACGUUGAACGAGAAAAGUGUUCCACUGCGUUGCCUAUUUCCACACUAAAAAAUAGCACAAAAACAUUUUUACAGGUCAAGUUGUCUUGUUUAUAGAUGUAGUCUGUGGUUGUGAUCUGGACACCAUAAACGUCUUAAUGGGUGUCUCAAUGCUUGUUCAUCAUUAAGGAAGUGCUUUGGGAGAUGUAAAAAAAAUCUCCUAAGUCUGUCCAUGUGCUCGCUAUUAAUUGAUGUGCAUACGUUUAAAUGUUUAGCAGCCUUUCCAUUACGUAUACACCGCUGUGACCUUUAGGUCGGACCAAGCACAUCUUGUAGUCUCGAGAAUACGAUACAUUUAAUUUUAAGCACUUGUUAAGUUGGAACAUGGCUUUAAUUUUGCGACUUCCGAAAUGUUUCUCUGGGUGCACGGCAACUGCUCACCGCCGCCUACUGGCUGCUGCUCGUCUUGGGAUGAGGAGCUGGAACCUGGUGACUCAGUCCUUGUGAGUCACCAACCUCGCCUCGCCCCACUACGUUACAGGCAUGCACCAUCGACUCCAACGGUGGGAAAUAAAUUAAACAUGUAAUCUGAGGCCUGGUGUAAGUGCUAUAGAUGGAGCAUGGAGUUGGCAUUCAUUAUCAAGUGUUGUAGAGGUAGUUUAAGGUCUGGUUGGCUAAUUUUACUCAUGGUUAGAGGAGGGCGAAUUUAACCCCCACUGUGUGAGAUGAUUUACAAUGGAAUAAUGACCAUAACCCACUGCUGAGAAGUUGCAGAUGUUAAGUAAAACAGCAUUUGGUUUUUCCAGUAGAUGUUUUUUUUUCAUCACAUUCAUUGUGAUUGGUGUGAGCUUUGUAAAGACAUAUUAAAAAUUGUGCUUUAUAUAUUAUUUUUUUAACCACGUGCUAUAUUUUUUCGUAACAUAAAUUCACGGUGAAUGGCGUUUGCUCGAGGUGGCGGAGGAGGCUCGUGAACCGG